AUCAUGAGUGAGAAGUUGGACUCAAACUCGUCAGAAAACUGGCAUCAUAUGUGGAGCAUUAACAACACUGAGCAGUACUUGUAUUCUGACGACAAUACUACAUAUGUAAACUAUUAUCUACAUGACCCUCAAGUGGCUGCAGUUUUCAUUAUUUCCUACUCCCUAAUCUUUUUUCUGUGCAUGGUGGGGAAUACAGUGGUUUGCUUUAUUGUAAUGAGAAAUAAACAUAUGCACACAGUUACUAACCUCUUCAUCUUGAACCUGGCAAUAAGUGAUUUACUAGUUGGCAUAUUUUGUAUGCCUAUAACGCUGCUGGACAAUAUUAUAGCAGGAUGGCCAUUUGGAAGUACAAUGUGUAAAAUGAGUGGAUUGGUCCAGGGAAUAUCAGUUGCAGCCUCAGUCUUUACUUUAGUUGCAAUAGCAGUGGAUAGAUUCCGGUCCGUUGUCUACCCUUUUAAAUCAAAGCUCACUGUCAAGACAGCAUUUGUUAUUAUUGUGAUUAUCUGGUUCCUGGCCAUCACCAUUAUGUUUCCAUCUGCAAUAAUGUUACAUGUAGAAGAAGAAAAAUAUUACAGAGUGAAACUCAACUUCCAGAAUAAAACCAGCCCAGUCUACUGGUGCCGGGAAGAAUGGCCAAAUCAAGAAAUGAGAAAGAUUUACACUACUAUUCUGUUUGCUAACAUUUAUUUAGCUCCACUCUCCCUCAUUGUUGUUAUGUAUGGAAGGAUUGGAAUUUCACUCUGCAAUAGUACUGAGAUCAACAAAGGCAAACAAAACCAACAAAGAUGCCAUGUGGUGUCCAAAAAAAAGCAGAAGGUCAUUAAGAUGCUGCUGAUUGUGGCCUUACUUUUUAUUCUUUCCUGGCUGCCACUAUGGACUCUGAUGAUGCUCUCAGAUUAUGCUGAUCUGUCUCCAAAUGAACUUCGGAUCAUCAACAUCUAUAUUUACCCCUUUGCACACUGGCUUGCCUUUUGCAACAGUAGUGUCAACCCCAUCAUUUAUGGUUUCUUCAAUGAAAAUUUUCGUCGUGGUUUCCAAGAUGCUUUUUACCUCCAGCUCUGCCAAAAGAAACGGAAGUCCAAGGAAGCCUAUGCCCCAAAAGCCUAUACCCGAAGAGCUAAAACCAACGUGGUUAAAAAUACAUUUCAUCAGUUACCCCAGGUCUCUACGAUUCAAAACCUACAUGAGGAAAGUUUCUUUUACAGGAAAUGUGAGAAACCAAAACAGGAAUUAAUGAUGGAAGAAUUGGGUGAUACAACCAAUACUAAUAUUUAAAGAAAAUGUGAUGCUUUCUCUACUGUAGAUUACAUAGUGAAAUAUUGUUGCUUUUUAUGGCU